UUAACAUCUCAGCUCAUCUUCUGUACCGCUUAAUCUUCACUAGUGUGCGGGGGAUGCUGGACCCUAUCCCACCUGGCAUCGGGCGAGAGGCGGGGUACAUCCUGGACAGGUCGCCAACCUAUUGCAGGGCAACUUUAACAUAUGUUAAAUUAAUCAGAUUUUGUGAUCUAUUUGAAAAAAUAAAUAGAAUAGCAACUAAGUCAGCAAAUAAAAAUGUUAGACUUAUCUCCAAUAGUUACCUCCAAAGGUUACAGAAGCCAUAUAUAAUUAAAAAUACAAGUAUGCACCUGCACAUUCCUUAUUAAUUUUAAAAACUACACAAUGGAUACAAAUAGAGUAGAAAACAAUAUAAAACUAAAAUAUUUUAAACACACAAUGAAUGGAUAUUUUAUACAAACGUCUGACUGAAGAGACAUGUCUUCAUACAAUGAACCAAUAAAUAAUUUAUUAGCCUAAUAAAACGGAACACAAAACAAACGGAGGAGAUUUUUUUUGUUCGCACUACAUUACCCAUGAUGCGUUUAGACAUCGCGUCGGUGUUACGUCGUAUGUUUUCCUCCCUCACGCGGUGGAUCCGACGACCGACUACCAGGACCGACCGACCGACCGACCAACCAACCGGACGGGGCGGAGGCGGUGAACAUGGCGGACGAGGAGGACUCGGCGCCGGAGGCCGCCGCGGUCUCUCCCCCGGGGAGCCCUCGCGUUGAGCGGCCUCACUCUGUUUCCUUCUCGGAGAGCGUCCAGCCGGCCGUCGGGAUGAUGAGCCAGCUGCUAAGCCAGCCGUCGUCCCUCAAGUUUGACAAAAACAUCAAGCAGGCCUUCUACAACACCGGGGCGAUGAUCUUCGUGGCUAUCUGCUGCGGAGCAUCUGUCCUGGUCUACUUCAUCCUGGAGGCCUUCCUCCGCCCGCUGCUCUGGGCCGUGCUCUGCGGCACCUUCCUCCACCCCUUCAAGUACUCCCUGGCCCGCCUCGGUCGCUCGUGGCUCAGCGGUCUGCAGGACACUGGGACGCCCAUCGUGGUGGGGACCCUGCUGGUCCCGGUGUGGUGCGUCAACUACGGGGUGGAGACGAUGGGCAGGCUGGUGCUGGAGAAGCUCACGGUGCUCCUGGUGAUCGGCACCGGGGCGCCGCUGGUCUACUUCCUCUACCUGUUCUGGAGCGCUAUCGGUAUGCAGGUGAUCCUCGGGCACGUCUGUGGGGUCAUCGGGGCCGCGCUGGACUGUUUCCACGCUGCGUGGGUGUGUACUGUGGUUUUUGGCUACUUGUUAGCGGUUUGCUUCAAGUGGAGUCCCCAAACUGAGAGGUACCUGACGUCUUUUGCUCUCCUUGUCUGGGCCGUCCUGCUCUUCUACAUCGUGUCUCUGACUGGCUCGUGGAGAGUGCCCUUAUUUGUGGUUGUGGUUAUUCUCCUCAUCGUGGGCUCCCAAGAGAAACCACCUGUCCCUGGCAAAGGAGAGCUGCCAGGGCAGAUGUUGUCAUUCGCUGCUAACACUAUUUACAUGGCAAUCUCCUGUAGCAACCUUCAGCCAAAACCCGCGGCCAAUGAACGCUCUGCCACAGAUGGCAUACCUUCUUCCACCCCCGGCUUCCCUCGGGGCCCUCGCUCAUUACCGGGUGGCCUGUUCCAGAAGGAGAAGAGCUCCCACAGAGCCAGUGAUAUCUACUUUAUUCUGCUGGUCUGGGCCAUUGUGCUAGUUCAGCUGUGGCUCAACCUUUGGAUCCUACAACUGCUGCCUAUCCCCGUGGCUGUGUGGGUGCUGAAGAAGCUGGUGGUCCACUUUGGCGUGAAGAGAUUUGCAGAGCGGACUCUUGCCUCGUGGUGGACGGUGUUGGAGAAGUUUGGACGUGAGCGUGAAGAGGCCUUGCUGCCGGGACCAAUCAAAGGCCUGGUUCAGUUCCUGCUGCGUGUCGACACUAAGCUCUGGCAUUGGCUUAACAAGCAGAUGAUUGUGUGGCUGGAGCGGUCGCUGGAUAAAAUCAUCAGCAUCUUCAUCAUCUUCCUCCUGGUCACAGGGACGCUGCUCAUGGCUCUGCUGCUGACUGCCAUGGUUCAUCAUGAAAGCGUUCACAUCAUCGAAGUUACCAGUAACCUCAUCAACGAGACUGUCUCUAACCAUCCAGAAUGGGCCAAUUUGCUCCCAGAAGCUCGUGUGGUGCAGAAAGCUCUGAAUUCAGCUGCUACUAAUGUUUAUCAGCACGGGAGAGAAUGGAUAACACAAAAGCUUCAUAAGAUGUUAGGAGAUAAGGUGAACCACACGGCGGUCAUUGAGAAGCAGGUUUUGGAGCUUUGGGACCGACUGUACCACUCCUGGUUUGUGAAGAACGUGACCCACUCUGGACGCCACCACCGUGGACAGAAGAUGAUGGCUCAGAGACAGAACAGCUGGCUGGUGGACAUCCUGGACUGGAAGGACAUCGCCUCCUUUCUGCAGGAGAACAUAGAGACUCUGCUGUCUAUCCUGGAGUCUCUGUGGGUGGUGAUGAGCAGGAACGUCGGCCUCCUCAUCUCCACCACGACCACUCUCUUCACCGUCUUGUUCCACAGCGGCACGGCUCUGCUCAACUUUGCGCUGAGUUUGGUGAUUUUCCUGACCACGCUCUUCUACCUGCUGAGCUCCAGUGGUGAAUACUACAAACCUGUCAAAUGGGUGAUCAGCCUCACUCCUCUCUCCCAGCCCGGACCUUCCUCCAACAUCAUAGGCCAGUCUGUAGAAGAGGCCAUCAGAGGAGUGUUCGACGCCUCUCUGAAAAUGGCCGGUUUCUACGGCCUCUACACUUGGCUCACUCACACCAUCUUUGGCAUCAACAUCGUCUUCAUUCCUUCUGCCCUGGCUGCCAUCCUGGGGGCGGUGCCGUUCCUGGGCACCUACUGGGCGGCGGUGCCGGCCGUGUGCGACUUGUGGUUGGUGCAGGGCGAAGGCGUCAAGGCCGUGCUGCUGCUCAUCUGCCAUCUGCUUCCGACGUAUUUCGUAGAUACAGCCAUCUACUCUGAUAUAUCGGGAGGUGGACACCCGUAUCUCACGGGCCUGGCGGUAGCAGGCGGAGCGUACUACCUGGGCCUGGAGGGGGCCAUCAUCGGACCCAUCCUCCUCUGCAUCCUGGUGGUGGCAGCCAACAUCUACAGUGCCAUGCUGAUGAGCCCCAGCUCUGCAGUGCCAACGCCGGUGCAGUCAACCUGGCCUCUCCACACCAUGAGGCCCUUCACAGAGUCCACUCCCUCCGUCCUGAAGAAGAUCAGUGAGUGAAAGCGACUGGGUGUGUUUCAGCUGGCUUCCUUAUUGGCUGAUUCCCCAGGGGAACCACGCCCCCUCCCCGCAGCUCCACCCGCCUUCAACCAGGAAGAGCUGGCGGCUGCAGCAGCCGGUCACCCCGUGACGCUGUCUGCUGCAUACCCCGGAGCGGUUCCUCUGAGCAAUACAGCACCAGCUCCUUUCAGUCAACACCCUGUGAAAAUGUAAGCCUACGCCCUCAUCCCAAACGUGGACCGAUGACCUGACAUUGGGUUUAAUAUUAAUGUAUAGCAGAGACGUUGAUACUAAUCUCAUCAUCUCUCUGAACUCAGUGCCUACCUUUAUUUUGUAUCGAGAAAUGCCUAAAACGAGAGUGUCGGCGGUCCGUUUUAUCUAUGAAAUUUCCGGCCCGCACUCUUCCGGGGCCGCGUCUGUGCUACGGUAUGUGGUCGUGCACUAUUUGUACUCCCUACCUCUAGGCGAAGAUGAACUGAAGCCGCCUUGCCGCCGUAAAGAAUGAGCUAUCAGCUGUUUGACUUAAUGCGUGGUUCACGGUUCGGCGACAGUAGCUGUGAGUUCGCAGCAUCGGAGGUCAGCUUUAACAGAGACGUACCCUCCUGCUCUCCUGGACCAGGCUGUUCUUCGUGUUUGUUUUUGCCCCCGUUUCACUUUAGUCGGGUUAAUGCCUCCUAGUGUCACUGCUUAGUUUUUGCACCGGUGCAGGUUGAGCCGCAGAGCGACUACUUAAAUGGAUCAGAGCAGGUGUUCCAUAUUCACUGAGUUUAGUCUGACCUCCACGCCGUUUUUAAUUAGUUUUUUUUUAACACACUGUGAGUUGCGCACACACACACAUACUGUACACUGCUACCGUUUCAUUUUUAACACGCACUGAAUGACGUUUACACUCAGAGCACUUUGAGUAUUUUCGUGAGCACAUUUAGGCUUUUAAGCUGCCAUCUCCAACGCGUGUCUGUCUUUUUAGAAAUGUCUUCACAUUCUCACCUCCUCCACACUUCAUACGUCUUACUGUUACUAGAGUCACUUUGUGAAAGGCGUUUACAUCACUUGAAGCUUUAAUAAACGAGUUGUGCGGAUGCGUACGUGGCUGCGGCGUCAGCUAUGGGAGGGUGGGAGCGUGCUGAUGAUGUUCUGGGUUAAAACAUGUGGCUGUUUACCUGAGAUAUUGUAGUUCUCCUUUGAUAUGUGCGUUUUUCUAAGUACGACCUGACCCAAUAAACAUGUAUUUAAACUGCA